UUUUUUCAAUAUAAGUGAAAAUCACGACCGAUCAGUGUAGAGUGUAGUCCUCACUUCUGGAAUCUGAUAAAGCGACUAGUCUGACAAAUUUCUGAAUCGAAAUGGCGUUUUUCAUGCGGAGGGUUGCGAAGGCCACUCCGAUCGCCUUCAGAUUCAGCGCCGGCGGCGGCCAAUCCAACAACAACAACUCCUCCUCUUUCCGGCUACCCUUCACGGCGAUUGCUGCCAUUUCCGGCGCCGCCUCCCUCUUUUACUGCUCUUCCUCUCCCUACUUGGUUCACUCUGAACAAAUUGCAGAAGAGGAAACUAAAAGAGAUAUUGCGCUUAAUCCUGAUAAGUGGCUUGAAUUUAAGUUGCAAGAUACUGCUAGGGUUAGUCACAAUACUCAGUUGUUCAGGUUUUCGUUUGAUCCCACUAAGAAGUUGGGUUUGGAUAUUGCUUCUUGCCUUCUUACCAGGGCUCCAUUGGGACAAGAUGCAGAAGGAAAACCAAAAUAUGUCGUACGCCCGUAUACCCCUAUAUCGGAUCCAGAAUCCAAGGGAUAUUUUGAUUUGUUAAUCAAGGUGUAUCCUGAAGGAAAAAUGAGCCAACAUUUUGCCAGCUUAAAACCAGGUGAUGUGGUUGAAGUGAAAGGGCCUGUUGAAAAGCUCAGAUAUACUCCUAAUAUGAAGAAGCAUAUUGGAAUGAUUGCUGGCGGGUCAGGAAUUACUCCUAUGCUUCAGAUAAUUGAGGCUAUAUUGAAGAAUCCUGAUGACAACACCAAGAUAUCAUUGCUUUACGCCAAUGUCUCCCCAGAUGACAUUCUGCUUAAACAGAAGCUUGACGUUCUAGCUACAAGCCACCCAAACUUAAAGGUAUACUACACUGUAGAUAAUCCAACAAAAAAUUGGAGAGGAGGUGCAGGUUACAUAUCAAAGGAUGUGGUUGUGAAAGGCUUACCUGAGCCUAGUGAUGAUACUCUUAUACUUGUGUGUGGUCCCCCUGGGAUGAUGAAACAUAUAUCUGGUGAAAAGGCCAAGGACUGGACACAGGGAGAGGUUUCUGGCAUACUCAAAGAGGCUGGAUAUACUGAACAAAUGGUCUACAAAUUUUGAGAAAUUUAGGUUUCAAGCAUCUGAACCAGGCACGCCAAGCACUAGUUGCUGUUGAAUUCGUCUUUUGAACUGGUUUUCUAUAGAAAAAUAGUUAGCUGCUGAUGAGAAUUUGAACAGGAAAUAAAUCUAGAAUUGCAGGGCAUAGAGCGUUGUUGAUUCUGUCUUUCAAAUUUUCAAAAUUUUGUCGACAAUUUGCCACAGGGUUUUGUCUAGCAUGGAUGCUAAUAAAGGGUGUAUCUCGUGGGGGUAAACUCUCCCACUCACUAACAUUUUCUUGAAAAGAAGUUAAGCUACACUUGCCUUCUAAAA